AUGGAUUUAAUCGAACCGCAUAUUGCUUUAACGCACGAUCGAAUUGACUUCGAUGUGAGCAAUUUAUCGUUAGAGCGUGGCUAUACUAAAGAUUUGGGUAUGCGUGUUGAUAUCACUGGUGGAACGCAUCCAAUUCAAUUGGAAACUAUCGUCGAACAUAUUCGUAAUAAAAAUUUUGAAGUUCUACGUCCAAUCGAUGGCGAAAACGGUCCGAAUACAUCAGGAACAGUGGCCGAACGCGUUGAGAAAAUGAAAUCAAGAGGAUGGACACAGAUCGGUAAACCAUUUUCAUUUAUUCCAAAUCCACCAUCAACUUGUAAUGCGUUGCUUGUGUGUUACCCAUCAUCAACUGUACUUUAUCGAGAUCUUGUCGCUGAAAUGCAGAAAAUUCCAGGCGCUAGAGUGCUUUCAAUCGAACAGAUAAAAAAUCCCGAUGUUGAAUCAUUGUAUGAAUAUAUGAAACGAAGCAUCGCGAAAGAAUGUCCAGGAAACGAUCCACGAGAACGCGAAUUGUUUCAUGGGACAGGUGGUGAUGCAAUCCAAGGAAUAAUUGAUAGAGGAUUCGAUGAUCGAUACUUCUCACCGUCUGGUGCAUGGGGACGGGGGGUGUACUUUGCUGAUGAUCCUCGAAAAUCAAAUAGCUAUGCACCGCCAGAUCCACUGACAAGACAUCGUGUUAUUUUUUAUAACAAAGUUUUACUAGGUGUUCAAUGUAAACUGAGUCAACCGGAUAACUCUCUCAGUGCAGCACCAAAGGGCCAUCAUUCUGUCCAUGGAACUGGAUUUCAAUAUGAUGAAUAUAUCGUCUAUCGAUAUGGACAAGCUUUGCCAUAUCUGAAAAUAACUUACACAACACCUUAA